AGCGCAGACGGCGUCGGCCUCGGAGGGGUGUGGAGAGGCGAGGCCAGGCAGAGCCCCGCGCAGCCAUGGAGUCGCUCCUGCUGCCGGUGCUGCUGCUGCUGGCGGUACUGUGGACGCAGGCAGCCGCCCUCAUUAACCUAAAGUACUCGGUGGAAGAGGAGCAGCGUGCCGGGACGGUGAUUGCCAACGUGGCCAAGGAUGCGCGGGAUGCCGGCUUCGCGCUGGACCCCCGGCAGGCCUCAGCCUUUCGCGUGGUGUCCAACUCGGCUCCACACCUAGUGGACAUCAACCCCAGCUCUGGCCUCCUGGUCACCAAGCAGAAGAUUGACCGUGACCUGCUGUGCCGCCAGAGCCCCAAGUGUAUCAUCUCACUCGAGGUCAUGUCCAGCUCAAUGGAAAUCUGCGUGAUUAAGGUAGAGAUCAAGGACCUGAACGACAAUGCGCCCAGUUUCCCAGCAGCACAGAUAGAGCUGGAGAUCUCGGAGGCAGCCAGCCCUGGCACACGCAUCCCGCUGGACAGCGCCUAUGAUCCGGACUCUGGAAGCUUUGGCGUGCAGACUUACGAGCUCACUCCCAACGAGAUGUUUGGCCUGGAGAUCAAAACGCGUGGCGACGGCUCGCGCUUUGCCGAACUGGUAGUGGAAAAGAACCUGGACCGCGAGACACAGUCGCACUACAGCUUUCGCAUCACUGCGCUAGACGGUGGCGACCCGCCACGCCUGGGCACCGUUGGCCUCAACAUCAAGGUGACCGACUCCAAUGACAACAACCCGGUGUUUGGCGAGUCCACCUACACAGUGAGCGUGCCAGAAAACUCCCCUCCCAACACACCCGUCAUCCGCCUCAACGCCAGCGAUCCAGACGAGGGCACCAACGGCCAGGUGGUCUACUCCUUCUAUGGCUACGUCAACGACCGCACGCGCGAGCUCUUUCAGAUUGACCCGCACAGUGGCCUGGUCACUGUCACUGGCGCUUUAGAUUAUGAAGAGGGCCACGUGUAUGAACUGGACGUGCAGGCCAAGGACUUAGGGCCCAAUUCCAUCCCGGCACACUGCAAGGUCACCGUCAGCGUGCUGGACACCAAUGACAAUCCACCGGUCAUCAACCUGCUGUCAGUCAAUAGCGAGCUUGUGGAGGUCAGCGAGAGCGCCCCCCCGGGCUACGUGAUCGCCUUGGUGCGGGUGUCUGAUCGCGACUCGGGCCUUAAUGGACGUGUGCAGUGCCGUUUGCUGGGCAAUGUGCCCUUUCGAUUGCAGGAAUACGAGAGCUUCUCCACUAUUCUAGUGGACGGACGGCUGGACCGCGAGCAGCACGACCAAUACAACCUCACAAUUCAGGCACGCGACGGCGGCGUGCCCAUGCUGCAGAGUGCCAAGUCCUUUACCGUGCUCAUCACUGACGAAAAUGACAACCACCCACACUUUUCUAAGCCCUACUACCAGGUCAUUGUGCAGGAGAACAACACACCUGGCGCCUAUCUGCUCUCUGUGUCUGCCCGCGACCCCGACCUGGGUCUCAACGGCAGUGUCUCCUACCAGAUCGUGCCGUCGCAAGUGAGGGACAUGCCUGUCUUCACCUAUGUCUCCAUCAACCCCAACUCAGGCGAUAUCUAUGCCCUGCGAUCCUUUAACCACGAGCAGACCAAGGCGUUCGAAUUCAAGGUGCUGGCCAAGGACGGCGGCCUCCCUUCACUACAAAGCAACGCGACGGUGCGGGUCAUCAUCCUCGACGUUAACGACAACACCCCGGUCAUCACAGCCCCACCUCUGAUUAACGGCACUGCCGAGGUCUACAUACCCCGCAACUCUGGCAUAGGCUACCUGGUGACUGUUGUCAAGGCAGACGACUACGAUGAGGGCGAAAAUGGCCGAGUCACCUACGACAUGACCGAGGGCGACCGCGGCUUCUUUGAAAUAGACCAGAUCAAUGGUGAAGUCAGAACCACCCGCACCUUCGGGGAUAGCUCCAAGUCCUCCUAUGAGCUUAUCGUGGUGGCCCACGACCACGGCAAGACAUCUCUCUCUGCCUCUGCUCUCGUCCUAAUCUACUUGUCCCCUGCUCUCGAUGCCCAAGAGUCAAUGGGCUCUGUGAACUUGUCCUUGAUUUUCAUUAUUGCCCUGGGCUCCAUUGCGGGCAUCCUCUUUGUAACUAUGAUCUUCGUGGCAAUCAAGUGCAAGCGAGACAACAAAGAGAUCCGGACCUACAACUGCAGUAAUUGUUUAACCAUCACUUGUCUCCUCGGCUGUUUUAUAAAAGGACAAAACAGCAAGUGUCUGCAUUGCAUCUCGGUUUCUCCCAUUAGCGAGGAGCAAGACAAAAAGACAGAGGAGAAAGUGAGCCUAAGGGGAAAGAGAAUCGCUGAGUACUCCUAUGGGCAUCAAAAGAAAUCAAGCAAGAAGAAAAAAAUCAGUAAGAAUGACAUCCGUCUGGUACCCCGGGAUGUGGAGGAGACAGACAAGAUGAACGUUGUCAGUUGCUCUUCCCUGACCUCGUCCCUCAACUAUUUUGACUACCACCAGCAGACACUGCCCCUGGGCUGCCGCCGCUCUGAGAGCACUUUCAUGAAUGUGGAGAACCAGAAUACCCGUGCUAACCACAUCUACCAUCACUCUUUCAACAGCCAGGGGCCCCAGCAGCCUGACCUGAUUAUCAACGGUGUGCCUCUGCCUGAGACUGAAAACUAUUCUUUUGACUCCAACUACGUGAAUAGCCGAGCCCAUUUAAUCAAAAGCAGCUCCACCUUCAAGGACUUAGAGGGCAACAGCCUGAAGGAUAGCGGACAUGAGGAGAGCGACCAAACUGACAGUGAGCAUGAUGUCCAGCGGAGCCUGUAUUGUGAUACUGCUGUCAAUGAUGUGCUGAACACCAGCGUGACCUCCAUGGGAUCUCAGAUGCCUGACCAUGAUCAGAAUGAGGGAUUUCAUUGCCGGGAAGAAUGCCGGAUUCUUGGCCACUCUGACAGGUGCUGGAUGCCCCGGAAUCCCAUGCCCAUCCGUUCCAAGUCCCCAGAGCAUGUGAGGAACAUCAUUGCGCUGUCCAUUGAAGCUGCUGCUGCUGAUGUUGAGCCUUAUGACGACUGCGGCCCCACCAAACGGACUUUUGCAACCUUUGGGAAAGAUGUCAGCAACCACCCGGCUGAGGAGAGGCCCACCCUUAAAGGCAAGAGGACUGUCGAUGUGACCAUCUGCAGCCCCAAGGUCAACAGCGUUAUCCGGGAGGCAGGCAAUGGCUGUGAGGCGAUUAGCCCUGUCACCUCCCCGCUCCACCUCAAGAGCCCUCUACCCACCAAGCCUUCCGUGUCUUACACCAUUGCGCUGGCUCCCCCGGCCCGUGAUCUGGAGCAGUAUGCCAACAAUGUCAACAAUGGCCCUUCUCGUCCCUCUGAAGCUGAGCCCCGUGGAGCUGACAGCGAGAAAGUCAUGCAUGAGGUCAACCCCAUUCUGAAGGAAGGUCGCAACAAAGAGUCCCCUGGUGUGAAGCGUCUGAAGGAUAUCGUUCUCUAAACCAGUCUCCGGGAAGAAGAGAAAGAAACCACACUGGCUAGUGAAGAAGCAGGACCUGCUUGUUUUAAUUGCUCACCAAUGGUUCGUUCUCAAGUGGCUAUAUUUCAGAGCUUUCCCUAAAUGUAUUGUUUAUAGGUAACUUAUCAUUCCGUGACAAUCCCUUGUUUCAACAGGCAGCAGGGGUGUUCAGUUGGAGCAAAUUAGCUUUGGCUUGAGUUGUUCAUGGGGCCUUGAUGUUGGGGAAACAGAGACAAAUUCAGUUGUGAAAAGUAUUAUGUAUUAAGUGUUUGAAUUUAUAUAUUUUUCUAUGUCAA